UCGCAUUCUAGCUUUACUCCGCAGACGCAGACCCCGAACGAGGAUAAUUUUUACGUGAAUUGAAAACACCAGUCAAUGAUCUUCGAUCAUUCGACGUCGUGUCUGUGAUCGCGAGGAAAAUAUUUUUACGCGGGAAAUUUUUAUUCGCGGAAUUUUUUUUAUUGCGUAGUUAUAUAGUGCUUUUAAUAGCCUAUGCUGUACUUUUAAAUUAUGAAUCGAGUUUUUUAGAGUACAUAGUUGAAUUUUUCAAGUGUUUGAAAAUUUUUUAGUACCAUGAAAAUUGAAAACGAUCUCGUCGAGGUUGUGGUGAAAAAAAGUAAUUCAUUGUCGGCCAUACCGGAGUUAACAUCCACCACGAAUAAUCCACCGACGUCUCCGGAACGAGAAAUUGAUUACAGAUCCGAACAACUUAAUCAUUUCAAAACUGACGUUAAUAUCAAUAUUUAUCCCGAAAAUAAUCUAAAUAUGCCGGCCAAUGCAGCUGAUCUGGUACAGCGAUGCCGCAAUGCGUACGAAAGUGGAAAAACGAAAUCCAUAUCGUUUCGAGAAAAACAACUCAAACAGUUGUUGAAAAUGUACCAAGAAAAUGAAUCUCAAUUUAUCGCAGCCUUAGCUUCGGAUUUACGUAAAAGUAAAAACGAAGCUUAUUUAUCGGAAAUCAAUAUCGUCGUCGCUGAUGUCAUAAAUACACUUCAUUAUUUGAAAGAAUGGACUGCGCCGGAAAAAGUGGAAAAAGGACUAGCAAAUGCUUUGGACGACGUUCUGCUGUGCAAAGAUCCUUACGGAGUUUGUUUAGUCGUCGGAGCUUGGAAUUAUCCCAUCCAACUGACUUUGCUACCCGUCACCGGUGCCAUUGCCGCCGGAAAUUGUGUAAUCAUCAAACCCUCGGAAGUAUCUCCAGCUACGGCUAAAAUCAUCGCCGAAUUAAUUCCAAAAUACUUAGAUCAAGAUUGCUUUCAAGUAUACUUGGGAGGUGUAAAUGAGACGACUGAAUUAUUAAAGCAACGUUUCGAUUAUAUUUUCUAUACCGGAUCAACAGCUGUGGGUAAAAUUGUCAGAGCUGCGGCCAACGAGUAUUUAACACCGGUGACUUUGGAGUUGGGUGGUAAAAGUCCUGUUUUCAUAGAUAAUACAGCCAAUUUAGAUAUUACCGUGAAACGCGUAAUGUGGGGAAAAUUAUUAAACGCCGGUCAAACCUGUAUUGCUCCCGAUUACGUAUUGUGCUCGCAACAAAUACAAGCUCAAUUUGUCGAGAAAGCCAAACGUAUAUUAGCUCAAUGGUAUGGGUCGAGCGCAAAAAAUUCAGCAGAUUUGUGCCGUAUUGUUUCAGAUAAACAUUUCCAGAGACUGAGGGAUCUAAUGAGUAGCGGCAAAGUGGCCGUAGGAGGUGAUUUUGAUGCCAGCGAAAGAUACAUAGAGCCUACUAUUCUAACCGAUGUCAAAGAAGACGAUCCUGUCAUGAAAGAAGAAAUUUUCGGACCUAUUUUACCCAUUGUAACGGUGGAUAGCGCUUACGAGGCGAUUGGAUUCAUCAAUAAAAGACCAAAGCCAUUAUCGUUGUAUAUAUUCUCAUCGGAUAAGAAAGUUCAGCAAAUGUUCUUAACGCAGACUCACAGCGGAUCAGUUUGCGUCAACGAUACGCUAAUGCAAUAUACCGUGGAUACGUUGCCAUUUGGUGGAGUUGGAGCGAGUGGCAUAGGAGCUUAUCAUGGCAGAUAUACUUUUGAUACUUUUAGUCAUAAAAAGAGCGUUUUAGUGAAAAAUUUCAAUCCGAUUGCUGAAUCACUUGGAAGUGCACGUUACCCUCCGUUAACCGACAGGAAAACAGCAGCAGUGAAAUUUUUAUUAGCCAAAAGAUACGGCCUGAGCUUAUCGUUUUUGCCAUACUUGAUCGUAUUCGGCUGCGGAAUGGCGUCUGCAUUUGCGUUGAAAUACAUAGCCAAGAUACGGAAAUACCUAUCAAUUAAAUUCAAUAAUGAAAUUGAAAAUGUUCAAAAUGCCAAUUCGAAUAUUAAAAUGACUAUAACUAAUUAAGUACCGCAACGGCGAAGAAAAAUGUUCGAAAAAUAAAAUAAAUACCUAGUAAAAUAUAUUAGAUAGGUAUACUCAUUAGGUACAUAAUAUGUAUUAAGAUGGGAACAAAUACGUACAUUUGGAUAAGAUAAAGGUCGCAAUCUUUCGUAAUCUUCUUGGCCAGCAGUGUCCCAAAGUGAUGCAUUGUAUGGUAGACCAUCUACGUUGAUUACUAGCGAAUAAUUAUCAAACCUAAAUGAAAAUAAAACAAAAUUAGUGAAUUAUUUAUUAUCAGUUAAUUAAUUACCUACAUAUUUUAUCAUAUUAUGUAGUAUUCCCUGGAAGUUGCAAGAAAUAAGGCGAACAGUACUUUAUGGUUAUCUAUACAUACAAACACAGGGUGUCCUAAAAAUCGUCAAAUGUGAUUUCUUUUUUCAAGAAUUCGAUCACCAAAAAUUUCAACAGAAAAAAAGGAUGAAUAAAAAAUAUGGUUUAAAAAUUGAACAGAAGACAAAAAAAUGUGUGUUUUUUUUUAAUUCAGAGAAGUACCUUACCUAUAAAAGUGAUAUUCUCACCUAAAAUUAAUAGAUCAAUUUUACUUCAGAAACCUACCUAGUGUUUUUUGUUUUUGUUUUUUUUUUCUGAAAAAUGGUUUUACUUUUUAUCAUAUUAAUUACUUAAUCAUAAGAAAAAUAGAUUUUUAGAAAAUUGGAAGCAAUUUGUUCAAAAAAUUCAUAUUCUUACAUACGACCUACUUCUUAAUCCACAAAAAUCUCAAAAUUUUCAAUCUAUCCACUCCCAAGAUACAAAUAUAAAAUGUUGAAAUUUCAACAAGGCAGGAUAUGAUAACUCCAGAAAAGGGUGUAGGGUGACAAUAGACGGUUGAGCAUUUUAAAGCUGAUUUGUAUCCGUAAUUGAUAAUUUGAGUUAAGUAAGGUCGGUAUCUAUUUUUGAUUCAAUCUAAACCUAUCAAAGGCCAUUUUCAACAUCUUUUUUUAUCAUAGAAAAGCUCAAGCUCAGUUUUAAAAAAAAUCACGGUAGCUGUUUCAAGACUUUUGGAACAUAUCAGGUACCUACCUACUUAUGUAACAUGUACGUUUACUAUGUAAGGUGGAUGCAUCAUGAGAAUUCAAUUAAAUUAAUACCUACCAGCACUUGUAAUGAAUAUAAUCACUCCAAAACAUUACUUACUUAUCUUUAUGCAAUUCAAGUUGUUAGUUAAUUGCACGAUAAAAGUAAUGGGAGUAUGAUAUCAUCACGUUUUUUAAAUUCAAAACUCGCAAAAAAUAUUAAAAAUUUAAAAAAUACUCGUAAAUAAAAUUCUGAAGCUACUUACACUGUAGGAAUAUAUUCGGUGGGGAAUUCGUGAGACGUGUACGUAAUCAGUAUGCAGGUCUUUCCAACCAUGCCAUCUCCAACUGCGGUAAUUUUCAAAUUUCUUUCAUUUUCCGAUUGACUAAUGUUGGUGUGUUGGGAUGAAAUGAACCCAUUCGUAUAUUUAUCUUGCGUCAUUUUUACGCCACCUGUUCAGACAAAAAAAAAAUCAGAAUUAAAAAUUGAAUACUUCCACGUCAUUCUUGGUUGGUACAAAUUAUUUUUAAUCGAGUCAAUGAAAAAUAUCUACUAAUGGUGAACAAUCAUAAAGAAUCGAGUGUGUGGGUAGAAAAAUUAAGAACUCUAUGAACUUGACCUAUUAUGGAGCAUGAAAGGCACAACCAACCUAAUGUAAUAGACCAAUAGUUUACCCCGCAAACAGUUGGUGUUGUAGAGAUAUUCAACUACUAUUCAUACGUAUCAAAUGGCAAUUUUUUUCUAAAACCUGCACCGAUGAUAUCGAUGACAGAUUCAUCUCUACCUGCGUGUUUCCGCUAAUAACCAUGAAAACACGUUUUUACCAAAUUACACACGCCACAUUACGAGUAUUAUACUGUUAGGUUAGAUAUACACAUAACUUAUAUCAGGUGAGUCACUGUAAUAUGAGUAAAGAAGAUAUCAGAGUCCGUCGUCCGGCGUUAUAUUUUAAAUAUGCGGACGCGUAUCGUCGGCCAGAGGAAUUUUUCUUAUUUCAGCGAAUUCUUCGGUAUGUAAUGGUAAUAGUAGUAUCUGCCUCUUUCUAUUGCGAUACUUUUCAGCGUUAUCGAAAACUUUACACGCGAUGAUAGAAAAAAAUAUCAAUCAUCGAAUGAUAUAAUGGAAAGAUAAAAAAUUAAAUUCUAGGUACCUUAAGUCUUAACAGUUAACUCCUAAGCCCUUCUACGUAGGCCACUUAUCAACUCACUCGUCACAUUGUCGCCAAUUUUAUUGACGAGAAAUUUCCAUAAAUGAUACAGGGUCUUCGAAUGAAUCGUAAUUACGACUGUAAUUAAUAAUUCUGAAUGUAAUCAUUUUUUAAAAUAAACGAAUGUGCUCUA